CAGCUGCUGAUGGAGCAUAUCCUUCUACCAAAGGUGGAGAAUGUCAGGCUGCUGGACAGAGUCUCCCCCAAGAGGACCAGGGUGGGCACCCUGUACCUGACAGCCACACACAGCAUCUUUGUGGAAAACGAGGCUCAGGAGCGCAAGGAAACAUGGGUGCUUCACAGCUUGGUGUGCAGUGUGGAGAAACAGACAGCCACAGCCACGGGAUGCCCUCUUCUCAUCCGCUGUAAAAACUUCCAGGUUCUGCAUUUCAGUGUUCCCAGAGAGUCGGACUGCCACGAUGUUCACCUGUCUCUGCAGCGUCUCUCACAGCCAGAGAGUUACGAGGAGCUUUACUGCUUCUCCUUCAAGCCUAAUGUGGAUGAGGAGGAGAGGCAGCAGGAGUGGGCCUUCUUGGACGUCAGGGCUGAUUACAGCCGCAUGGGACUCCCGAACGCUCAGUGGAAACUCUCCCUGGUCAACCGGCACUACAAGGUGAGCAACACCUACCCGGCCGACCUGUUUGUACCCGAGUCUGCAACCCCUCCCGUGGUGGCGGGCAGCUCCAAGUUCAGAAGCAGAGGCCGGUUUCCUGCUCUGUCAUACUACUCCAAAGAAAACCAUGCUGCCAUCUGCCGCAGCAGCCAGCCGCUGUCAGGGUUCAGCGCUCGCUGCCUGGAGGACGAGCAGAUGCUGGAGGCCAUCUUGAGGUCCAAUCCCCGUAGUGACUUCAUGUAUGUGGUGGACACCAGGCCUAAGUUGAAUGCCAUUGCAAACCGAGCUGCUGGGAAAGGCUAUGAAAAAGAAGACAACUACUCCAACAUCAAAUUCCAGUUCAUGGGCAUUGAGAACAUCCACGUCAUGAGAAACAGCCAACAAAAAAUGCUGGAAGUGUGUGAGCUGCGGUCCCCCUCCAUGUCGGACUUCCUGGAGGGUCUGGAGAAUUCAGGAUGGCUGAAGCACAUCAAAGCCGUUUUGGAUGCAGGCAUUUUCAUCGCCAAGGCUGUAGCAGAAGAGGGGGCCAGUGUCCUGGUUCACUGCUCAGACGGUUGGGACCGGACUGCCCAGGUGUGUUCAGUGGCCUGUGUGGUGCUGGAUCCGUACUACAGGACGCUCAAAGGGCUCAUGGUCCUCAUUGAGAAAGACUGGGUCUCAUUUGGACACAAGUUCUCCCACAGAUGCAACCACUUGGUGGGAGACCCUAAAGAGGUGUCUCCCGUCAUCGAUCAGUUCCUGGAGUGUGUCUGGCAGCUGAUGGAGCAGUUCCCCUGUGCCUUUGAAUACAAUGAGAGGUUCCUCAUCACCAUUCACAGCCACAUCUACUCCUGCCAGUACGGAAACUUUAUUGGCAACAACCAGUGUGAGAGGACAGAACUGGGCCUGCGUGAGAGGACUCACUCUCUGUGGAGUUAUCUGUGGAUGAACCGUGCAGAUUACAUCAACCCCCUGUACAGACCGGACCACAGCCAGACUCAAGGGCUGCUCCGGCCGUCUACCGCCCCCUACUGCUUCAAAUUUUGGAGAGGCCUUUACAAUCGGUUCGACCACGGGAUGCAUCCUCGACAAUCUGUGGACGAUUACCUGAGGGCCAUCCAAGAGGAGACUCAGCAGCUGGAGGAGCUGCUGGCUUCACACAAGCAGAAAAUUAGUGAGCUGGAGCAGGAGCAGUGCAGUGUGACCUGGAAGGCCACCCCCUUUGACCAGACCCCCACCCUGUGGGCUCCCCACCCCGACCUGGACUCAGCCAACACUCCUCAGGACUACACCGGCGGCUUCAUCGCCAACAGCCCCCACACGCCCAAAGCAGCAGACACCAGCCUGAUCUUCCUGUCGCAGGACCCGGGUCUAAAAGCUGCCUCCAUCCUGUCCAACGGCAGUGACCAGGAGUCGGGGAUUGCAGACCUGAGCUGCCGCUCCCCUCUCAGCGAGGACAGCGUCAGGGAUCCCGACUCAGACGAGGCUGCCUACUCUGCAGCCUGAGCAGAUGUAGCAUUGGCUGGAAACAUUGCCCGGCAACCCACUUAACAAAACUGCUUUCGUGCUCACUGGGUAACUUGUUAGAUGUCGGCUUCAGCUAAGUCCUGUUACACAUUAUACAUUUGACUUGUACUUCUGUUUGCAUGUCGUUUGGUGGAGUCUUCUUGUCGUCACAAGCACACGGUUGUUUACUGGAGCAAACCACGGUUUAUGUCUGUUCUCCACACAGUUGACCAGUGCAUUAGGCACUUGGACUAUACUAUUAUAUAUUAUACGAUUACACAUAAUCCUUUCUUAGCUGCUAUUGCAGGUACAUAGUGGAUCAAAGCUGUUUUAAUCUCAACUUGAACAUUUGUGUACUACAGAACAUUAGGAGUGAAGCGGUUAAAAUCAAAAGGGACCAGAACGAAACCAAACACUUCGGACAAUGACAGAAAAGACAUGAUGUCUAUGUGUGUAUAUAGAUGGUAGAGUCAUGCUGCAGAUGAAGUUUAAGUUAGAGAUUUCGUUUCAGCCAUAUGAAUAAUAGAUGCCACGUUCAGCUCCAAAUUAAUCCAUCCAUCCAUCCAUCCAUCCGUCCUCUGUACCUACUUCACCCUUCUGGCGGGUUCUCUCUACAGAUCUGUGGUUUCUGGUUGUUUUUUUUUAUUUCUGACGGUAAGGAUUUUUUCUUUAGUUUUUUUUUUUUUUUUAAAGAGCUUUAUAAUUAUUUCAACUUUCCUC